GUCACUGACCUGCUACAUGACUCUGAUUGAGCCACUUGACCCCUCUGAACCCGUUUCCUCUUCAAAAAAGUGAGAAGCUCAGCUUAGAAGGUCUCCAGGGGCCCUCUGAACUCUUGUAAAUUGGUCUGUUUUGAAGGGCUUGAGGCAGGAAGGGAUUGGGAGGGUAAAGAGGAACUGGGUUUCCUCACCUUCCCAGAGACGGUGCUGAGCCAGAUGAUAUCACAAUGGGUAGUGCCCAUCCUGGAGGGGGAGGCAAGGUAGGGUGGUGGCAGGAAGGCUGUGGGGAACGGAAGCUGAGGGAUCCCUCAUAGGAGGGAGUCAUAGUAGCUAGGGACACCUGCCAGGCUGGAGGUGUGGGCUGCCUAGGGGAAGCGGUGGUCACUGAUGUCCAGCAGGAGCCCUUGGUAGGUAGAACCUACCACAGCAUCCCCUACACACGACCCACCAUGUUCCUCUUCUCCCGUAAGACCAAGACGCCCAUCAGCACCUACAGUGACUCCUAUAGGGCUCCUACCUCCAUCAAGGAGGUCUAUAAGGACCCACCUCUGUGGGCCUGGGAGGCCAACAAGUUUGUGACCCCGGGCCUGACUCAGACUAUGGAGCGCCAUGUGGACCCUGAAGCCCUGCAGAAGAUGGUCAGAUGUGCUGUGCAGAACUACAGUUAUAAAAACUGCAUACCAGGCCACCCCUACUUCCCUGAGAAGUAUUGGCUCUCUCAAGAGGAAGCAGACAAAUGCAACCCAAACUAUCUGUAUGGUGACCGGUACGCCACAUGGAGGAUAGGACCUUACAAUAGCACCGGAUGGAACAAGUAUACCACCUGCCUGCCCCGGCUGCCUAAGGAGGCCGGGAUGGAGACGGUAGUUCGAGGAAUGCCCUUGGAAUGCCCUCCUAAACCUGAGCGGCUGAAUGCCUACGAGCGUGAGGUCGUGGUGAACAUGCUGAAUUCGCUGUCACGGAACCAGCCGCUGCCGCAGAUCACUCCCCGAUGCGGGUGUGUAGACCCGCUGCCGGGCCGCCUGCCCUUCCAGGGUUACGAAAGCCGUUGUUCCGGCCGCCACUACUGUCUGCGCGGGAUGGACUACUACGCCACCGGGGCGCCUUGCCUUCAACGCCGCCUGCGGCCAGGGUGCUGCGCGCAGCCGACUGUAAGGGCUGCAUCUCCCUACCAACACCGACCCGGAAUACAAUGUGCUGUUAUAACUCCCCCGCCGUCGUACUACCCUUAUCCGAACCUUAGAUGGGACACAAGUCACUUCAGGAAGACUGGUGGUCCCUUGAGAAACAACUAUGUUGUCCACCCUGAGUUUGUGUCUGAGGCCUAUCCUGAGUAUGGCUGCUGGUAGACCCUGGGCUGGCCAGGCCAAGGGGGCUGACCAAUAAAUAAACUCUUCACCCCCAGAGGCUGCCUCCUGUGUCCUUACCCAGCAGGAUCUGACAGUGAAGGCUCUGCCAAGCCUCCUCCACUGAGAUGGAGUCUCUCAAAGUCACCCUGCCCUAAGUCACCCCCUCCCCCAUCUCAGUCUUCCCUUGGGUGGCCCUGAGUACCCUCCUGACGUACAACAGUAGCCCUACAUCCAGCUGGUGUCCUCCCCUCCACCCCGGAGCCCAGACUAAUCUAGUCAUGCAGGGAAGACUCCUCCUAGGCCCAUCUACUUCCCAGCCCAUGAGGCCCUCUAGUAGGCCCCCCAAAUUUGGGCUCUCUUGAAUCUCAGUGGUCCCAGAAUCCUCCAGUCCACAGUCAGCUCUGUCCCUACACCCAAAGCUCUCAACCUCUGCUCCUAGAAUCUCAUCACAGUUGCCCAAAAGUCUCUGCUCAGACACCCUUGCUGCUCUGUCACCCAGGUUGAAGUGGUGCAAAACAUAAGUUUGGGGGCCUCAAGACCAAGAAAUUUUAAAUUGCAAAACAAAGCCCUGUUUCUCUGCCCAACAGGGAGCAAGGGGUGGGGUUUUCUGGAGUCCCUGGGAUCGCCAGUAUUUACCUUUAUCAAAAACAUGAAACCUCAAAGUCUGGCACUUCCUUCACUCCCUAACCCCCAGGGACAGAAGUGUGAGGGGAUAUAUUCAUCUCUAAGCACCAGAAGCAUUUUCUAACCAAAGGCUUCCACCACAAGGAGGGACUAACUCCUUAACAAACCCGUUGCCAUCGAUUCCAACUCACAGGGACCGUACAGGGCGGAGCAGAACUGCCCCACAGAGUUUCCAAGGAGCACCUGGUGGAUUCCAAGAGCUGACCUUUUGGUUAGCCGCCUUAGUACUUAACCAAGGAGGGACUUAAAAAAAAAAACAAACAAACCCGUUGCAGUCCAGUCGAUUCCGACUCAUAGUGACCCUACAGCACACAGUAGAACUGCCCCAUAGAGUUUCCAAGGAGCACCUGGUGGAUUCGAACUGCCGACCUAUUGGUUUGCAGCUGUACCACUUAACCACUAUGCCACUAGGGUUUCCAAAGGUAGAGUGGACUCUAUAAAUAACCAGGUGUGGGGGCGGGGGCAAAUUCCAAGCGAAGGCGGUUCUUCGCAGUCCCAGACCUUGUACAUAGCCCGUCUAGUCGGGGGGGGAACUGACAGCCGAGGCUUCUCCGCUGAUGGAGCUACAGACUCCCGCUGUGGCGUCCUUUUUUGUGAGCUCUCCCUGCGCUGAGCUCUGAAAUCCUCCAGACGUUUCUGUACUUCUUUUCCACAUGGGAAAAUUGAGAGCUUGUCAGAGUGUUAGACCGAGACGGCUUCCACUGGAAGGGAAGGAAUACCAGGGGCCAGCCCUGCCACUUUACCCUUCGGCUCUCUCCUCAUACACAUCCCAAACCCAGCCUGGAAGUGGAAGAACUCAACAUUCUCUGGCCUCGCCUUCCUCCAGAACUACAUUUCCCAAAAGGCCUGGGGCCGAGCCCCGCCCGCACGCGGGCAAACGACUGCCCAGCGGAGGCGGGCCCGCAGGCAAGGGGCUGAGCCAGAGGCACAGGACCUGUGGCUGGCUAAAAAUGUUGGAAGCAGAGGGUCCAGCAGUGGGAGGAAAGUGGGGGCUAGGGGCGGGACCUCGGACCCGCGUGACAAUAUGGAAGGAGGGAUCGACUGCCAGGGGUGAGACCGUAGGCCUGGGCGGGGCCAAGCCGCCAGGGGGCGGGGCCCGAGGAGGGCUCCCCCUGUCCCCAGCCAGGCUGAGCCCCGCCACCAAGCCACAACGGCUCACAACUCUGGCUAGCGCGCAGGGCAUCUGCAGGAGCCUCCCUUCAAUCCCACUUCUGCGGGGCCAUUACUGCCGUGAGUGAGCCCAGCGGGAGAACCUCGGGGGGCUGCUAAGGGCUCAUGAUUCCUGAACUUUGCCUCCUACCGAUAAGUGGGUAGAGCCAGCCUGGACACCUGGGUCCCUCCUCGGGCCGCAGUUUCCAACAGGCGACGGGCCCACAUGACCUCAGUCUCUCCCUUCGGACAAAUAGCUGUCGGGCCGGACGCUGGGGGCGGAUGCAGAGUAUUCCAGGUUGUAUACACCGUCUCUCGAUCCUUGCGGAUCCCGUCGCCAGGCGGGGGAGGGCGAUGGGCCAGAUCCAGUUGCCUUUGACAUUUCCACCCCCCUGGGAACUGCGUCUGACAAACGACUCAGCUUGGAAUGGCCUCCCUUCAGUUGGGCCGGGCUCCCUCUCAGUCAGAGCUAGGAGCUACACUCAAGGCUGAGGUUGAGUGUUGAGUAGGUUGAGGUUGAGCUCGGCAGGGGCAAAGCCCAAGGUGCCCGCCCUGCAGACCCCAUUUACUGGCAUUAGCCUGUAGACGGCUAGAUUACGGAGGCGGCAGAUUACAGGGGUCUCUAGCGCCACAGUUAACACUGGAACCAUAGAUUUCUUCCCCCACCAGUCCCUUCCAUAAAUUUCUUGCCCACAGCCCCAGUACCAGAUAGCAUCAAAAUUGCCCCUUUCCCUCCCCUUAAAGACUUCCUCGUCUACCUGGGGGAAAUCCUGGUGGUGUAGUGGCUAAGUGCUACGGCUGCUAACCAAAGGGUCAGCAGUUCAAAUCCACCAGGCGCUCCUUGGAAACUCUAUGGGGCAGUUCUACUCUUCCUAUAGGGUUGCUAUGAGUCGGAAUCGACUCGACGGCACUGGGUUUGGUUUUGGUUUUUUGGUCUACCUGGAGCAAGCAGCAGCACCAAGUCCCUGGGAAGACAGACCUCACCAUGCCCCGUACCCACCUGAUGAAAGCAUAUCCCAUCUUCUCUUGGCUACAUAGCCCCUUUCCUGUGCUGCAUUUUGGCAGCCAGGUCAGAUCAUUCUCCCAUCUCCCCAAACUUA